AGCCUACUCACCUUGGCCGGCGAACGCGCCAAGUGUCACUAGCAAAGAUGUCUUUCGAAGUUUUUGCGUUUAUUUUGGCGAUUCUGAUCAGCAUAGCUUUGAUAUUUUUCGCAAUUUGGAACGUAAGUAUGUGUUUUUGCUACACUUUUGAUCACAAUGUCGAUUACUGAGGUCGUUGCUGCUUGAUUGUAUUUCAGAUCAUAGCGUUUGACGACCUUAAAACUGACUACAAGAAUCCUGUGGAUCUUUGCAAUAAUUUAAAUCCGGUAUGUUGACGAUGUUUUGUAUGCGCGAUAGCUCUCCUUUUAAAUCGUGUUAUUUUAGGGAAAAAUUGGGAGAAACUUCGUCUGAUAUUGUGGACAUCAUUUUGGAAGCUGGUCGUAGUUGGUGCCCUUAGUCAUCGAUAGCUAGCAAAGGGUGUUGGUUUGUAGUUCUUUAACUAGCACUUGGUAUACACAAUAUUUGUCUUGAAAUGUUUGUAGUGAAAAUUUUUGUAGGUUAUUAUGAUGAAUUUUAUUUCACCACCGUCGAUUCUCUUAUUCCUUUUGUAGUCCUAACGUUAUCUUUACGGAAAUUAUAUGCAGCACUGUUAAUAUGAUUAACUGAGAUAUCUGUUAAGGAAAUUAAUUUAUUAUAAAUGAGGCGAUAGAAUUUACUUAGAAUAUCAGCAUAAGCUUUUGGUUUUAAAGCUUAUAUAUUACCAUUAUUUCGAAGGGGCGUCAAGUGUUGUCUACAGUGCAGUGGGCAUGCUGUGGUCCAAUAUUUUUCUUCCUAACAAAUUUCUGAAGCCACUUUGACUUUCCUUUGUGUUAUAUUCGUUUAAAUGAUGAGAAGCGAAGGAAAAUAACAAGUAAAAAUGGCUUGGAAUAUUUUUAUCCCAGUAAGGAGUGGAAUCAUUGCUUUUACAUGUCCAUUCCUGGCCUGACAGUCAUAACACAAUCUCAUAAGUUGUGAGAUCCUUAGGUGAUGAUAUUCCGGAUUCUUAGUUGUCCUUUGGAUAGUGUCCUUUUCAAGGUGUAUUUCAAGUAAUUUCUGAUGCAGGAAAUCUAAAUAUAAGAAAUUGAAGCACUGAUAUCAAAUGAAUUCAAUAAUUCAACAUGCUGUUUUUGUUCCUUUGACAGCUUGUACUUCCUGAAUAUGGAGUCCACUUGUUUGUCAGUCUUCUUCUUCUUGUUGGUGGUCAGUGGACAGCUUUCUUGUUCAAUCUUCCUCUUAUAGUUUAUAAUAUCCACAGGUAAGGCAUUCUGCAGAUUGGUACAAUCUCAGAAACAGUUUACUUUAGAUUAUAAUGUACUUAAGAACGUGGAGUUCCCUGAUUGGUCAAAAACCUAUCAUUUAUUGCACCUGUAAAGCUGUACAAAAUUGAGACAAACUGUGUUUUUUUUUUCCAAGUUUAUUUUAUUAAAGCAAUUGACUGCACUUUCUAUAACCCACUCGGGAUAUUGGGAGAACACUUGAAAAGUUUGCAAAUCUCUCCCUUUGACUUAUGAUUUAUAAAAUUUUUUUGAUUCAGACCAUUUUGCAUCAGCUACUUUCUGAAUUUUUGAUCUAUGACAGAAAGGAAAUAAUUCUGAACUGAUUCUAACAUCAAUAUCUGGCUAAAUAAAGUUACUAUGAGUUUCAAAUCUCAAAUUUUUCUGAGAGAGUAUGCCUCCUGUAACCCUGCCCCCCCCCCUCCUAACCCUGGAGAAAAUUAAAUUUAUGCUAGCUAUGCAGCAUGAAUUAAAUUCAACCCCCUUACUAUUUAUUAAAUUUUCUAAUGACAACCUGGCCCAGUCCUGUCUAAAAGCUUGCAUCAAACUGAGGAUGCUAGCUCACAUUCUCCAUACUGUUCUCUAUACAUUUACUAAGAUGCUGACAAGGAGAAUUUGUUUGACAAUCAAGAGCAUCUUGGGCUGGUGAUCAUUUCCUUAUUCUCAUGACCUUAAUGGGUAAUUCAGGGAAGAUAUUGUAGGGAGAAAUUAGAUGCUAGUCUACUUAUUAUUUUUUUUCAUAUUAGAUAUGCUAACAGGCCAGUUAUGAGUGUUCCAGGCCUCUAUGACCCUACAGAGGUUAUGAAUGCUAGUGAAAUGUCUCGCUGUCAGAAGGAAGGGUGGAUUAAACUGGCAUUCUUUCUCCUGUCUUUCUUCUAUUAUCUCUAUAGGUAAGUCAGUGAAAAUUCAACAAGAGAAGUGUUCAUACAAUAUUACUCUCCCUCAUUUGCAUGGAUCAUUUCAUUUUGACACCUGCCAGGAGAACAAAUUUAUUUCCUUGAUUGCGUGGGUACUUACUGCAGAAAUUGGAGAUGAGCUGAUCAGAAAGAUUUGUUUCAAAUCACUUAUAUCACAGUAUAAAUUUCUUGUAUGUACAAGGGACUGAAUCAUAAUGAUACAUGUACAUAUACAUGUAGCUUGUUGCGGGAAAUAAACUGCACUGAAGUUGAAAGUAAUUAAGAAGAAGCAAAUUGGGUUUGAUCCCAAAAAGAAUGUGGAAAAAAUGAAAUAACUUCUUUAUACAGGGAGGAUACCAAGCUAAAUCACUGAACUCUAGCAAGACUGCUUGCUAUUUUUUGAUGCCUGCAAUAUUUGUCAUCAUCCUGAUUUGAGCAUGUUCUUAAUUCCAAAUACUGUUACAUUUAGAAUUAAAAAAAACACACACACACACACAAAUAGAAUUCACACCCUUAAUAAAAAUUUUUAUAACUUCUCUCCCUGAAAUAUGGGAAUGUUCUUUUGAUAUACACCUAACAGUAAGUUGAUAACCCUUUCACUCCUAAGAUCUCAUUAGGAAUUCUCAUUACUUUCUGCAAUACCAAUAUGAUGUUAGUUUGGAGAAUGUGGUAUUGGGUCAGCUACUACCCAUAAUCCCCCAAGGUUUAUUUUUCUUUUUCCAUCACUUAUAUAUUCUUCUUGGUCAGGGUUGAUUUUAUUCUAUUUUCCCUUCAUAAUCUUAUCACAAAAUUUAGGUGUGAAAUUAUGAAAGGAUUAAAGGUUGAAAAAAUGUAAUUUCACAUUUCAUUUUCAGGAUGAUGUAUGCCUUGUUGGCCUGAUGGAGCAUUCAAAAGCCACAUUGUAGACUGAAAUUUUUUUCCUCUUCUUGACUGGGACUGUCAGUUGAGACAACUAGUGGUGUGGAUGAUGGCGGCAAGGAUUUUUUACCUCAAACUUGACCUUCUCUCAUACAUUGUGCUAGCUGUUGCAAACUGAAAUAUUGAAGCUGUAUGUAGUUAGCAGUUAUACUCAGUGGCUUGUAGUUCAUGAAAUUUUAGCUGUUCUAGCCACUAGGUUCCACAGACUGGUGAAAUGUUACCUACAACUACAUCUUGCAUUGGAAUAUAUAAGAUCCUGACAUUGUAACAGUUUUUACUGGGUUAAGCUAGUUACCAUGUUUAUGGCACAAAAGCCAGAGUUAGAAAUAUUCCGUCCAAGAGCAUCUGAGGAGGGGCUUCAUGUACAGUUAUUUCUCUAAAAUGUGAAUAUGGUAGUCAGGGACUACCCCAUAGCUGAGUCCAUGAUGGAUGGUAGAUAUGUUUUUUUUUUUUUUAGUAGAGUUGCACAUGAUAUACAGAUGAGAUAUAUAGAUAUCUUCAGUAUGAAAAAACUUUCUUUUACUCGGAUAAAACCUUGAACCCCCAAAACUGGUCAACAAAAAUACCUCUCAGAUAUUCAUGGAGUUUCAUUUAGCAGACAGAUGACAAGAUUAAAGAAAACUUGUUCUGAUCAGUUAUAUUCAGACAUUGUGGGUUUAAGUUUCCACUGGCUACUGUUGUGUACUUUACUUAUUGAUCACCAGUUUGUUAAUAAGCUAUUUUCCCGAUCCACAGGGCCUCUGUUUUUAAAGUAGAGUUGGUGCAAAGCUUUGAUUUGACAAUUAUGCAAACAUAACUGAUUUUCUGAAGAAAGGCCCUGCACUUAACCCAUUUUAAAAGUGUGGGUUUUAAAAACUUGAAAAUGGUUUAUUGAAUUCUUGGUCGUAAGGUGACUUGUUGGUCACUGUCUUGUAGCAUUCUUUCAUCAGUGCACUCUAUCCUGAAGAGAUUAAGCCAUGAGAUGUAAAUAAAUCAUCCUAGCCAAUGGUAGCCAUCUUAUCUUUCCUCGUGUCACUUACAGGCUAGGGCCCCAAACUGCCCAUGUUUUCUGCAGCACUAAAAAACUGGGAGUAUGUAUAUUUCUGGACUGGGUGCUAAACCUCAGCAAGUAACCCUCAGAAUUUUUUUAUUUCUUAAUAAUUAUAGUUCAUCUUGACCCUUUUAUAAUUCUAAGUGUAGCAAGGUGCUGUGAAAGUUUCAAAAGCAGCUUGCCCAAGUCACCUUGUCAAACAUGCCUCAACCUCUGUCUUAGUUAGUUAUGCUAAAAACUUCACCCUUUUGUUCCCAGAAGUGAUUUAGGGAACAUCUUCUCUCAAAGAAUUAAUGUAUUAUCCAGCAGGCAGAUGAUACAUAAAGACAAAUUUAUCAAAAAUAUAAAUGUUCUGAUGAGGC